AACCGGUGGGGCCCUGUGUCUCUAAGCUAUUACAGCACAAUGGAAGUCACAGAACUGUUUGAGUUUGAAGGGACCCUUAAAGGCCAUCUGGCUCAGUUUUCCUGCAGUGAGCAGGGACACCUACAGCUAGAUCAGGCUGCCCAGGGCCCCAUCCAACCUGACCUUGAGUGUCUUCAGGGAUGGGGCAUCCACCACCCCUCUGGGCAACCUGUUCCACUGCCUCACCACCCUUAUUGUAAAACACUUCUUCCUUAUAUACAGGAAGUAUUGCACAAAGUGUGCUAUUGUUGACUCCAAAUUUUUUUGAUUAAUCAUCACCAGGUCUGAAUAAUACAAAGGAAUUGCUCUAAUAGCAAAAAUCCCCCCUCCCCCCCUCCCCCCAAAAAUGUUUUAUUUAAAAAAAAAAACAACAACAAACCUUUAAUGAAGAAGCCCCAGUUGUUUCUAGCAGAUGAUCUCGAUACAAGAAGCCAUCCACCACUCAUGCAUGAUUCAAAUAUUCUUUUCAAGGAUAGGCUUUUGAUGAAAUAAGGGAAUCAAACAUCAAAAACAAGGGCUACCGAUUGCAAAAAGACAGCUCUCUGUUUGACAGCUGGUCAGCUGAGUAACAAAGAGCUGACAGUUCUAUUACUCCAUUCAUUAUCCAAAUGUUUCAGAACGUGUGCUGCACUUCUGCAAAAUGGAGUCAGAUGGACCUAUCUGCACCUUCUCUGUUUCUGUUUUGUUUUGUUUUGUUUUGUGGUUUGAAUUUUUUAGUGCCUAUAAUAUUAUUUCAUAUGCCGAAGGGAUGAAGUAGCUCACUCGUGAGUCAUCAAUGCAAACCCAUGCUGUGUUGUAAAUACAAAGAGCAGUACUUUCUCCAGGUCAUUUUUGCUGUAAAUCUGCAUCAACAAUAUUAAAAAAAGUGGAGACCUGGAAAACUCUUUUUGCAGAUAACCAUAAUGCUGCUAUAAUGGUAAAUUUUGCAUAUGGAAAUGAUGACACCCUCAAAGAGAAGGAGCCGAUGACUGUGUUCCCGGCAGUAUUACACCUUGCAGUCACAGCAAGAAGCACAGCAAAUCCCUGUAAAGGUGCUAUACCACUUAAAAGCCCCAUAUGGCUUACCUCAGUGUGAACUUUCUUUCUUAGUGUUCUACUUUGUUUUAUAAAGGUGACUGCAAAUUUCUGUCAAAGCAGCUGUCCUCUUUAGAGAAAUGAGUUCUUAUUUUGCAAAAGGGCCCUUUGAUCAUUGAGGCAUUGGGGGAAUAUGUGCAGUGAAAAGAAAAAAAAAAUUGCUUUUAAUGCUAAAAGCUUUGUCGCGAUUUGAAAAUGAAAAACAAACAGCCAAACAAACAUCUAGCCUCCCUGCAUCUUCUUCUGGACAGUGGUGACUCAAAACUGAGACUAGGCAAAAUGUAGUGAGUAGAUGGAACUGCAUAUGCACAUGAAUUGUAGUAUCAUAGAUUCACAGAACGACUUGGGUUGGAAGGGACCUCAAAGACCAUCUUGUUCCAACCCCCUGCAAUGGGCAGUGUUGCCAACCACUAGAUCAAACACUAGAUUAGGCUGCCCAGGGGGACAGUCCAGGAGGACAGACUCCGCUCAAACCUAUAAACCUAUCAUGUUUUCAGAUGUAUUUGCAACUCUUCUUGCUCAGUUAUUGUCUAUUGUAUUUGAGAAACCUACAGUACAGUAACUCCAAAUUUCUUAUGGUCUCUUUCAGGUUCUCUUUUCCUAUUUGGAAUGAAGCAAUUGUUUUCUUUAUCCUUUCUAAUCUCACGUCUACAGUCAGUGCUCUGCAAAGUGUCACCUCCUGCAGUGAGGCUGCAGUUAGGUCUAACUUUCAGAAUGUUCACUAUAUUAUUAUCUCACUAGAUUAUUAUUUCCAUUGCACUUGGGAGCCUCAUCUGGUUUCUGUUAAUAACCCCUCAUAACAGUUUUCUCAAGCAUGGACAUGAAAAAAAUGAGAAAAAUUCUUUUUGUUUUUGUUUUUUUCUUUUUCUCUUUAGAAUAAAAGAAGCUGAUUUUACACACACAUAUAUUUCUGAGGUUUGGAGACCUAUGCUGUGCAUCCAACUGCAUGAAAUCUCAUAUAUUGGGAUCAGAAUACUUCAGCUCUGUAGCACCUACCAGGCAAAGAAGCAUGCAUUGGCUUAGCAUUAACAUCAGUCCUACUGAACACAGUAGGACCAGUCAUGUGCAUAAGCUUAUACAUAUUCACAUAAUAAGAGGCACAGAAAACAUUCCUUCAGAAACCACACAAACUUUUUACUCAUAGGAUGUCAAUAACAAAACCUCUGUGAGCCAGGUCUUCAACCACUGAGUUUAAUUGCUGUGUUCAGGCUUAUUUUGUAAGUCAUCUAUGAAUACAUCAUCUGUCUUUUCUGAUUACAAAUUAUACCUGAUAACACGAAAAGAGCAUCCCACAGAUUUUCAGAUAGUUCUCACAUCUUUCCAUUCUCUGUGAAAAAGAAGAAUAGAAAAUUCAAUUCACUAUUGUUGGCACUGCUUUUCUGCAAAAAACAUGGGGUUUUGUUUGCUUUCUUCUUGCUGUUUGUUUGUUAUUGUUAUUUAAAUUUGAAUUCAAAGAACGCCAUAGAGAAAAUUAGAUAGAAUUCAUGUCAACAUUUCCUGAACUCUAUUGGCUCUGUGUAGGGAACAUUGUAAAAUUCAUCCCAAAACAAAAACACCAUUUAGUUGAUUUUGAUGUAUUUUUUUUGUAACACAUGGGCAACCUACACAUUAAGACAUUUACAGAUGUUAUAUAGCAGUUUCAGAGAAAGUUUUCUUUUCUUUUCUUUUUUUUUAAACUACAAGAAAAUGUGUUAAACAAGGAAGCUGCAAACUCAGAGGGUACAGAGAGUUAGAAAAGUUAAACAGAUCCUUGCUGAAAUAAAGCACUUACUACAUUAGGCAAGAAGAAAUGGGUUUUCUCACAUCCUGAUGAGAUGGACAUGAUGAAACAUGUGGACACUACACACAGCUUUCAACAGGAGCUAUUUGUGGUAUUUAGGCACCAACAAGUGUGACCCAUUCACACCAAAAAUGGAAAAAAAAGGGGGUUGUGCAGCUCUUUCCUCUUCAGGAUGAGACUUCUGAGGACUACCUGUGUGCUCUAGAGGGAAAAACAUCCAUGAUCCUCCACGAGGCUCUGAGCUGGCCCUACAGCUAAUGCACUGAGUUACUUUUCCAUUUUCCUUUUGCUUCUUUUCAUUUUUCCUUGUUCCUUCUUUUUUUUUUUUUGUUUUUUUUUUUCCCUUUUCAUUUUCUUUUCUAUUCACUUCUUGCAUUUCCUUUUCCAUUUUUCUAUCUUCAUUUCCAUUUAGCUUUCACUUCCUUCCUUCUUCUUCCUUCUUCCUCAAAAUUCAAAGCCAAGAGAGGGCUUAAUAUCACUUCCCAGGAGUGCCCAAGAGGGAUUCUGCCAAACAAGGAGGAACUUACACCAUUUUUUGCUGCCCAGCACUGUUGAAUAUGCAUAACUCAGGUUAUUUUUAUCAGCCAUUUUAUAAAUUCCGUAUUGUAAUUUAUCGUUUCAUUCAGUCUUCCAAGUAGCAAAUUUGUAAGUGAUUCUCAACAGCAGUCCCAAACACCUUCUUCUAAAAUCUGGUACAGCAGCAUUUGCUACUCCUGAGUCUUCUGGUGAUGAUUCUUACACUAAUGAGAAGCUGUGUAUUUUGUUAGCAGCUCAGCUACUUUUCCAUUCUGCUGUUUUAUCCCCCCCCCCCCCCCCCCCGACUUUUUGAGUACACGCCAUCUGGGCUCAUUUGAUAGUUAAAAACUGUCUAGUUACCACAGAAGAUUUUAAAGAUAUAGACACCUCUAAAAUGACCCAAAUCGUGCUCUAAUAAACCAAACAGAUCACACUUGAAAAAAAAAAGAAAGCAAGCAAGCCACAACAAAAUAUUAAGGAAACAGAAAUUUAUCAGGCAUAAAAAUAUCAGUGACUUUCUUUUUUAUUAUUAUUUAAUAUUUUCUUCUAUUUUCUUCUGCUUUUUUUUAUUUUUUCAAGUGCUCACGCAUUGAAUGAAAAGUAGCAUGGACCAACAGCAAUUUCUUGCAUUAAUAAGCUUAUUCAUCCAGCUGCCGAAGCUUUAUUGAAUAAAAAUGAAUUCUAAGUAGCUAAUAAUACAUUUUUACUGCCUUUUCUACAAUUCAAACCUUUAGUCUAUCUCUGCUCAAAAAAUAAUGUAUAUGACAAAAUGUAGCCUCAAUAGAGAGAAACCAUCUGCUAGAGGUCAUGAAGGACAAAUUUAAGAAAUCAUUUCUUGGCAUGCUAAAACCACAUGUUGAAAUCCUGUCAAGCUCAACUGGUAUUAUUUUUGGCAGGAUUAACCAUAUGAGCACAGAGAUUAAAAAGCAGAAUAUCCCAUGAUUAUAGGCAAUGUAUGUACUAUCUGAACUAACAAGCAACUGUGUUCCUGACAUUGCAAUUUUGUGUUUGUUGUACAUCCCUCAUCUUUCAAGCAAUCUGUAGAGGAGCAAUAGUAAAAACAAUUACACUUUAUAAGCAAAGAUUUAUAUAUCCUUAUAUCUUUUUUUUUUUUUUUUGGUCUACAUUGAUGCUCACAUCCAAAUUAGUAGCAGAACUCUGCUUCGAGGAAAAAGUCAGAACUUCAGUAUGAAUGAGAUUCAGAUUUUCAUGUCUGCAUCAAAACCCAAACUUCUCGUCUAUAGUCAAGGUUUGGUUUGUUUUAGGGUCUGAGAUUUUGGAUCCAACACUGCUGAUUUGCAUGCAUUUCUAAUAGUCCUCUGAAGGCUAGUAUGAUUCUGGCUUAUGUAUUCAGAAAAAUGGUCUGAGAAAGGUAUCUUUUUAUUUUUUAAUGGAAUAACUUAUUAUAUACUUGUUAUUUAUGCGCAGUUAAUCCAUCAGUUUUGCCAUCUCACAGCAUUAUUUCCUGAAACUAUCAUUUUUUUAAUAUGCAUUGAAAGUCAGAGGCUCUGCUUCAGGAACUACAGGAUACUUUUCCAGGAAUGGGACUGAGCAGAGCAUCCUCACCUAUGCAGAUGCUUCCAGAGUCUCCACCAGGAGGGCUUCUGCAAAAUGGCUGUCCAGGAGGAGGGAUCUUUGAAACUGUGGAAAAUGAGCCUGUUAAUAUUGAAGAAUUGGCUUUCAAGUUUGCAGUCACCAACAUUAAUAGAAACAGAACACUGAUGCCUAAUACGACAUUAACCUAUGACAUCCAGAGAAUUAACCUUUUUGAUAGUUUUGAAGCCUCGAGAAGAGCAUGUGAUCAACUCGCUCUUGGUGUAGCUGCUCUGUUUGGACCAUCCCAUAGCUCCUCAGUCAGUGCUGUGCAGUCCAUUUGCAAUGCACUUGAAGUCCCACAUAUUCAGACCCGAUGGAAACACCCUACGGUUGAUCACAAGGAUGCGUUUUAUAUCAACCUCUACCCAGACUAUGCAGCCAUCAGCAGAGCAGUUUUGGAUCUUGUACUGUACUACAACUGGAAAAUAGUGACAGUAGUAUAUGAAGACAGCACAGGUCUAAUUCGCCUGCAAGAGCUCAUCAAAGCCCCUUCUAGAUACAACAUUAAAAUCAAAAUCCGCCAAUUGCCCUCUGGGAAUAAAGAUGCCAGGCCUUUACUCAAGGAGAUGAAGAAAGGCAAGGAGUUCUACGUGAUAUUUGAUUGCUCACAUGAAACUGCAGCAGAAAUUCUUAAGCAGAUUCUCUCCAUGGGAAUGAUGACUGAAUACUACCACUACUUUUUUACGACACUGGAUCUAUUUGCAUUGGACCUGGAACCUUACAGAUACAGCGGAGUCAAUAUGACAGGCUUUCGCCUGCUCAACAUCGAGAAUCCCCAGGUUUCAUCAGUCAUUGAGAAAUGGUCAAUGGAGCGUCUGCAGGCACCACCAAAACCAGAGACUGGCCUCCUUGAUGGCAUGAUGACAACUGAAGCAGCUCUGAUGUACGACGCAGUUUACAUGGUAGCAGUGGCCUCCCAGCGUGCCUCUCAAAUGACUGUCAGCUCCCUGCAGUGUCAUAGACACAAGCCAUGGCGUUUUGGACCCAGAUUUAUGAAUCUGAUAAAAGAGGCACGGUGGGAUGGCCUGACAGGGCGCAUAACCUUCAACAAAACUGAUGGCUUACGGAAGGAUUUUGAUUUGGACAUCAUUAGUCUCAAGGAAGAAGGAACGGAAAAGGCUGCUGGCGAGGUUUCUAAUCAUUUAUAUAAAGUGUGGAAGAAGAUCGGCGUGUGGAACUCCUACAGUGGCCUUAACAUGACGGACAGCAACAAGGACAGAUCAACCAACAUCACAGACUCGCUGGCUAACCGGACACUGAUUGUCACGACCAUUCUGGAAGAUCCCUAUGUUAUGUACAAGAAGUCUGACAAGCCUUUGUAUGGAAAUGACAGAUUCGAGGGUUACUGCCUGGAUUUGCUAAAGGAGCUGUCAAAUAUUUUGGGCUUCAUCUAUGAGGUCAAACUAGUUUCUGAUGGUAAAUAUGGAGCCCAGAAUGACAAAGGAGAGUGGAAUGGGAUGGUCAAAGAACUCAUAGAUCAUAAAGCUGAUCUGGCAGUUGCUCCUCUCACUAUUACUUAUGUAAGAGAGAAGGUAAUUGAUUUUUCCAAGCCCUUCAUGACGCUGGGAAUCAGUAUCUUGUACCGGAAGCCCAAUGGCACAAACCCUGGUGUUUUCUCUUUUUUAAACCCUCUUUCUCCUGAUAUUUGGAUGUAUGUUCUCCUAGCCUGCCUCGGAGUCAGUUGUGUCCUCUUUGUCAUUGCAAGGUUUACACCCUAUGAAUGGUAUAACCCCCACCCGUGCAACCCAGACUCAGAUGUGGUGGAAAACAAUUUUACUUUACUAAAUAGUUUCUGGUUUGGAGUUGGAGCUCUCAUGCAGCAAGGAUCAGAGCUGAUGCCCAAAGCUCUUUCCACCAGAAUAGUUGGAGGAAUAUGGUGGUUUUUCACCUUAAUCAUAAUCUCAUCCUAUACUGCCAACCUGGCUGCCUUCCUGACGGUAGAAAGGAUGGAAUCCCCCAUCGAUUCAGCCGACGAUUUGGCAAAGCAAACCAAAAUAGAGUACGGGGCUGUUAGAGAUGGAUCCACAAUGACCUUCUUCAAGAAAUCCAAGAUAUCAACAUAUGAGAAGAUGUGGGCAUUCAUGAGCAGCAGGCAGCAGACAGCACUGGUGAAGAACAAUGAUGAGGGAAUCCAGCGUGUGCUCACGACAGACUAUGCGCUGCUGAUGGAGUCCACCAGCAUUGAGUAUGUGACUCAGAGAAACUGCAACCUCACUCAGAUCGGGGGACUCAUCGAUUCAAAAGGCUAUGGAGUGGGAACCCCUAUUGGGUCACCUUAUAGGGACAAGAUCACCAUUGCCAUCCUCCAGCUCCAGGAGGAAGGGAAGCUCCACAUGAUGAAGGAAAAGUGGUGGCGAGGCAACGGCUGCCCUGAAGAGGACAGCAAAGAAGCCAGUGCUCUCGGGGUGGAGAAUAUCGGGGGCAUCUUCAUAGUGCUCGCUGCUGGGCUUGUUCUUUCAGUGUUCGUAGCCAUUGGUGAAUUUAUUUAUAAAUCAAGGAAAAACAGUGAUAUUGAGCAGUGUCUUUCUUUCAAUGCUAUAAUGGAGGAGCUUGGCAUUUCACUCAAGCAUCAGAAGAAGUUAAAGAAAAGGUCAAGAACUAAGGCAAAGUCUUCAUUCACAAGUAUCCUUACUUGCCACCAGAGAAGGACACUGAGGAAAGAAACCAUAGCGUGAGCAGGAGAGGCUCCUGGGAGGAAAAAAAAAAAAAAAAAGCAGAACAAAAACUUUGCUGCCUACAAGCUGAUUGUGGUGGGAUUUCUGAAAUACAGACAUUUACCUUGUUCUUCGGAAAUUCUCUGUGGUUUCUUUUUUUAAUCUAGAGGUACAACAGUUUUAAACGCUCACAUAGACUGAUGUACUGCUACUAAUCGUCUGGGAAGUGUCUCACUAUUUCUUUUGAGAUGGAUUUGUACGCUCACCUGGUUUGCAUCUCUCUUCCCCUCCCCAUGCAUUGCUGUAUGUGCUUUCUAAAUAAAUAAAUAAACAGGAGACAGGGAUCUUUUUUCCAAUA